UGAAAAAUAAAUAAGUAAAAUAGUAUUGUUUACUCGAUUUUAAUUAUGGAUAUUACUGAUACGCAAAUAUUUUGCAAUGAACUGAAGCAACACAGGUUUCGUGCUUUUAAGUGUAAAUAGGGUAUGAUUUGAUUGUAAUGCAACGAAUGCAAAAGUAUUUGUUCCAUUAUUUCAAAGUUGUUAGUAACAAUGUUAUUCAUAUAAAAAUUCUCAAUACCGGAGUUCAAUCAGACUAAUAUGACGUUAAUAAUUAGAAUGAUAAGGAAAAAAUAUAUGUAUUCGUAAAAGGCCAAAACAUUUAUGUUUUAAUAUUUAUUAUAAAUUUAAAUUUAUAUUUUUUACAACUUCUGGAAUGGAGCAAUCCGGCAUAUCAAUACAUAACCCAUUGGAGGACUAUAAGGCGUUAGUGGAACGGCAUAUGCUCAGUAUAAACGGAUUAAAUAUAGACUAUUGCAUUAAUAUAUUCAAAUCUAUUGGCAAAGAAAUUCAAUGUGCAAUAUGGAGAAUAUUGUUUGAUACUGGGAAAUUCGAAAACAAAGAUGUGCUCAUGGCCUGUGAACUCAUAGAAGCGUAUCGAUGUGACGCGGCUACAUAUGGACUCCAGGAAUAUAACAAAUGGUUAGAAAAUUUGCGUAAUGAAUUGGUGAACAGACAAAUGAUUACAAUAUGGGAAGAACAUAUAGUAAGAAAAUCUUUAGGUCCAAUUGAGUUUGGAACUGGUAUACAUAAUUUUCACAAUUCUGAACAAGACUGUGUGGAAAAAUUUGAAUCGGUUAUGUCUGAGGAGGAAAUUACUGAUUUUGAAGCUAUUAUUGGAACUAGGACCCCUUUACUAGAUUACCAAAAGCUGAUGGAGGAGAGGGUAAAUGUUGAUUUCAUCAUUUCGGAGGAUAUCGCACUAGCUAAUUACAAAAAAAUUUCGACUGCUGUUCGCAAUACCGUGUGGACACUACUAUUUUUAGAAAAGACUGAUAGACUUAAUAACGAAAUUAAGGCAGCUGAUUUGAUGGCAGCUAAUAAAUUGGAUGCGGCACUUUUUGAGCCAUGGGAGUAUAAUGAGUGGGUUUUUCGUUUACGAAAUAAAUUAUUAGAUGAGCGGAAACUGCGCUUUUGGCGUACGCAAAUGGUUAGACGGCAACUGGGCCCAUGCUCUGGCAAAGAUUGCACGCUUUUCCUAAACAAGGAAUAUCCUCCUGUGAAAGAAUUCUACAAUGUUUUGUUGGUUGAUGAAAGUAAUGAGGAGCCAAUAGUCAUAGAUUAGGAAACUUAAAACUAUUUAUUACGUACCUUACGCACUUACAAAGUGCAAUUUUAGAUUUUUAAAAUUUUUUUUGUGGAUUAAAGUGUACAUUUACGCAUUAGUUUAAAAUUUAUUUACUUUAAACUAUGCAACUGAUAUCUUUUAUAAUUUUCUUGAAUGUUGUGUAUGUAGUCCCUGGAAACGCUUAAAUAUUUAAAAUAAAACAUUAAUUUUAAAAAAUGUAAAUUAAGUUACUAUUGUUAUCGAAUGAAUUGAAAUAUGUUGAAUACGUAAAGUUUUUGGGAAUACAAUAUUAAAUGUGUAUGAUGCAAUUGAA